AUGAAGGGCAUUAAAAAGGGAGGAUGGAUAUCUUAUAAAGUCGAUGGAAUAUUCUCGUUCUUAUGGCAGAAGAGGUAUUUGGUGUUGAACGACUCAUAUUUAUCAUUUUACAAAAGUGAGAAAUGUAAUGAGGAACCCGUUUUGUCUGUGGCUUUGACUAGCAUAACAAAUGUAAGCAGGAUACAAUUAAAAAAAAAUUGUUUUGAAAUUCUUCGAGCAACAGAUCAAAAGGAUAACAUAUCCCCCAUAAACUCCUAUUUUUAUGAAUCAAAUUCCAAAAGAUCUAUAUUCAUUUCUACAAGAACUGAGCGGGAUUUACAUGGUUGGCUUGACGCUAUCUUCGCCAAAUGUCCACUACUUAGCGGCGUUUCAUCACCAACAAAUUUCACACAUAAAGUACACGUUGGAUUUGACCCAAAAGUAGGCAAUUUUGUUGGAGUGCCCGAUAGUUGGGCCACGCUAUUACAAACUUCAGAAAUUACAUACGAUGAUUGGAGCAGAAACUCCAAGGCUGUUAUUAAAGCAUUGCAAUUUUAUGAAGAUUACAAUGGAUUCGAUACUAUACCGUCCAAUGAUAACUCGAAUAAAAGCAAAGAUAUGAAGCCUUUGAAAACUUCGACGAGGUACAUUAUAAACAAGAGAACCAAUUCUAUCAAGAGAUCAGUGAGUAAGACGCUCCGGAAAGGUAAGACAGAUUCCAUUUUGCCUGUCUAUCAAGCAGAACGUAAGCCUUUCCCCAGAUCUGGUGAAAAUAAUAACAUUAUAAAUAGCACAGAAGAUGCUGAUAUAUUUAGGGAAGGAAAAGUGUACGUUAGUAAAGAAAACACAGCAAAUCCACAGACAAACCAGCUAGGAAAGAAAGAACAGCAAGUUAUUCAACACCAUUUACGAAGGCAUGAAAACAACGUCGCAUUGAACCCUCGUCGAGUUGCACCAUCUGCGCCAGCUAAAAAAGUUCAUGAUGAUGAAACGAAACCGUCCAAACAGGAUCUUCUUGAACUUCGGGAUACUGAUGAUUCGGAUGAAAUAAUAAUGAAGAUGAAAACCGUUGCCAUCGAUGUAAACCCAAGACCGUAUUUUCAAAUGGUAGAAAAGGCAGGUCAAGGGGCAAGCGGUGCAGUAUACUUAUCCAAACGAAUAAGGUUGCCCCCAAAUAACGACUCAAAAUUUUUAAAGUCACAUUGUCAUCGAAUCGUAGGAGAAAGUGUAGCUAUAAAACAAAUACAUUUAUCCAAACAGCCUAAGAAACAAUUGAUCAUGAACGAACUUUUGGUGAUGAACGAUUCACGCCAGGAAAAUAUCGUAAACUUCCUUGAAGCCUACAUUAUUGACGACGAAGAGUUAUGGGUGAUAAUGGAGUACAUGGAGGGUGGCUGUUUAACGGAUAUUUUGGAUGCCGCUGCAGAGAGCAGCAAUGGCAAUAAAUUGUCGCCGUUAAACGAAAGUCAAAUGGCAUAUAUAGUAAGAGAGACGUGUCAAGGUUUAAAGUUUUUGCAUAACAACAAAAUCAUUCAUAGGGAUAUUAAAUCUGAUAAUAUCCUUCUUAAUUCACAGGGAUUGGUUAAAAUUACGGACUUUGGGUUUUGUGUGGAACUAACAGAGAAAAGAAGUAAACGAGCCACAAUGGUGGGUACUCCGUAUUGGAUGGCGCCUGAAAUAGUAAAUCAGAAGGGAUAUGAUGAGAAGGUUGACGUUUGGUCGCUAGGAAUAAUGCUUAUUGAGAUGAUAGAAGGUGAACCUCCCUAUCUGAACGAAGAACCCUUAAAGGCUUUAUAUUUGAUAGCCAAUAAUGGUUCACCCAAAUUGCGGGAUCCAAGACAGGUGUCCAAGAAAGCCAGGCAAUUCUUAGAUGCCUGUUUGCAAGUGGAUGUUGAAGUAAGAGCAUCGGUGAGGGAAUUACUGACGCUGAAUUUUUUAUCAUUAGCAUGUGGCCCCGAUGAACUUAAAGUGGCUUUGAAAUGGUACUAA